AUGGCGGCCUCACCUACUCCAGCGCGCAGACGCUACCCCCGCUCUGAAGCUGCAUCACCUGCGCGCAUGCGUGAGUGCUCUCAGAAGGAUGCUCCGCUCGAUGUAUUUUUUUUUGGGUUUAUUACGUCGUUGGUUUUUUAUAUCGUGGGGAUCUGGACGUACGUUGCCCAGUCGACCGUGUUUCCAGAAACUGCCGGCACAGGCUCCUCCAGCUUGACAAAUCCGGCGACCACCGGCGACUCGCCGCUGCCGCCCGGAGAAUCCGUGCCCCAGCGCACCCCCACCCUCGCCCCUUUCAAUGACCCCAGCUCCGCCUCUCCCUCGCCGGCGGUCCCGAAUUCCAGGCGGCGCUGCUCGUGGGAAGUCCCGACAGGAGCUGCGCGUGGGGCGCUUCCCGGUGGACUACGGACGCGUCCACGAGCUACUGCGCGGCGUUUUCCAUGGAGAGCCUGCCGUCGCCGCGGUUCCUCUCCCCGUCCGGCAGGGAACGAGCGGAUGGCGGACCAGGCCGCGCGAACACUCUCCGGCUUGGUGGAUCCUUUAGAUCAAAUAAAGUGGUAACCUGCAAGUGGCAUGAUUAGUACUAGAUUGACAAUUCGGUCUUUGCGUUUGGCUCUUAUCUGCUCAGCUCAACUAUGGGAUAAGAAGACUUGAUCUUGCUAGAGUGAGAUCCAUGUAUGUUGACAC